AUGGAUGCAGCCGAGGCAGCAAGAUUUCGUGAAGCCAUCACCGCUCAGGGUCAGCUACUAAGCCAACAGCGUGACCAAAUGAACCAGAUGACUACUACCAUCCAAGAGUUGUCUGCUCGCCCACCACCUCUGCCUCAGCCUGCGCCUCAGCGAGAUGGUUCCCUGGUGAAACCUGAGAGGUUUGAUGGAAGCCCAAAUGCCUGUAGAGGUUUCAUACUUCAGUGCUCUUUGCACAUGGUUCAGAAUCCACGUAAUUUCCAAUCUGAAGAAUCCAAGGUAGCUUUUAUCAUUUCUCUUCUCACUGGAAGAGCUUUAGAGUGGGCUACUGCGGUAUGGGAACAAGGUGGAGAUGACAUCAAGGAUCUUGCCUCAUUCGAAGCACUUUUCAAGGCCGUGUUUGAGCAUCCAGCUGAGGGAUUGGAGGUCGGGGAGCAGUUACUGAAGCUUUGUCAGGGAGACCGUACAGUAGCUGAUUAUUCUCUGUCUUUCAGGAUCCUUGCAGCCAGAAGUGGUUGGAAUGAGCAAUCCCUCCUUACCGUCUACCGACGUGGUCUGAGACCUGAGAUUCAGUCCGAACUAGCCUGUCGAGAUGACGACUUAACUCUGGACCAGCUAGGGGCAUUAGCCAUCCGUCUGGACAAUCUCCUUCGAACAAGAGGACUUCCAAGACAUCGUUCAUACGUCAAAUGCCGGUGGUUCCAGGUCCACUGCAGGAGGCAGAGCCCCUGGACACCACCUCCAGUCAUUAAUGUUGACGGAGAACCUGCAUAUGCUGUGAGAGCACUGCUGAACUCGAGACGGAGAGCUGUCCGACUCCAAUACCUCGUCGAUUGGGAAGGGUAUGGCCCAGAGGAGCGAUCUUGGGUGGCGUCUAAUGACAUCCUGGACCCCAUGCUCAAAGCAGAAUUCCACCGGAGAUGCCCUGACCGUCCUGCUCCACGCACCCGAGGUCGUCCCCCUGCUCGAGUACCCAGGCUGUCUAAUGGCGCCAAAUCCUGCUCUGGGAGAGUAGAGCUGCUUCACAGCACGACCUGGGCAUCAGUGUGUGAUGCUGCGUUUGACUGGCAGGAUGCAGAGGUGGUGUGUCGAGAGCUGGACUGUGGGGCUCCUGUAGAGGUGCUGGGAGCAGCUGCAUUUGGAGAGGGAAAGGGCCAGGUGUGGUCAGAGGAGAUCCAGUGUGGAGGAGUCAAACUGGUGGGCCGUUCUCAUUGCUCUGGGAGAGUAGAGCUGCUUCAUAAGGAGACCAGACACACCGUGUGUGAUGCUGCGUUUGACUGGCAGGAUGCAGAGGUGGUGUGUCGAGAGCUGGACUGUGGGGCUCCUGUAGAGGUGCUGGGAGCAGCUGCAUUUGGAGAGGGAAAGGGCCAGGUGUGGUCAGAGGAGAUCCUGUGUGAAGGCAACGAGACUCAGAUUCAACUCUGCCCAACAUCUCCUACACCCUCACACAACUGCUCUCACAAGCAUGAUGUUGGAUUAGUUUGUACAGAUACUGUGAGGUUGGUGAAUGGUAGCAGUCAUUGUUCUGGGAGAGUGGAGGUUUAUCAUGAAGGAGAAUGGGGCACAGUGUGUGGUACUGAUUGGGAAGAGUUGUAUACGGCAGUCGUGUGUAAAGUGCUGGGGUGUGGUGAUGCUGUAGAUACCAUGCAAUAUGCCUACUUUGGAGAGGGAACAGGGAGAGUCCUGAUGGCUGAGGUUGCCUGUGGGGGGUGGGAGACCAGACUUAAGGCCUGCCCUCAUAAGGGAUUGGGUAAACAUACAUGCCAACCUCGCAACAGUGUUGGAGUCAUCUGCUCAGAACACCGAUCUCCCAGGCUUGUGAGCGGUACCCACCAGUGCUCUGGAAGAGUGGAGGUGGUCCAUGGGUUCACCUGGGGUACAGUGUGUGAUGCUGCGUUUGACUGGCAGGAUGCAGAGGUGGUGUGUCGAGAGCUGGACUGUGGGGCUCCUGUAGAGGUGCUGGGAGCAGCUGCAUUUGGAGAGGGAAAGGGCCAGGUGUGGUCAGAGGAGAUCCAGUGUGGAGGCAACGAGACUCAGAUUCAACUCUGCCCAACAUCUGCUCUAAACCACCGUUGCUCACAUGACAACGAUGUGGGACUUACUUGCAGAGACAUGCAAUAUUUAAGCACUGUCCCAAGACAUUAUCAUCUGUAUUAUCUCUCCCUAGAUGCUGUGAGGCUGGUGAAUGGUAGCAGUCGCUGUUCUGGAAGAGUGGAGGUUUAUCAUGCAGGAGAGUGGGGCUCAGUGUGUAGUAACGAAUGGGACCUGCAUGAUGCUGCAGUGGUGUGUAGAGAGCUGGGCUGUGGAGAGGCUAUAGAAGCUCUUAAUGGUGCUUGUUUUGGACAGGGGUCAGGAAGUAUUUGGAUGAGUGACGUGCAGUGUGGGGGGUCUGAGUCCACAGUGAAGGACUGCUGGUCACAAAGAUGGGUUACAAAAAACUGUGGUCAUCAUCAGGAUGCAGGAGUAAUCUGCUCAGCUCUCUCCAAGAAUAGACACAUGGCACUAAGUGAACCUGUCUAUGAGCAGCUAGACCCCAGACUGACCACAGCUGGCACCUCCAGAGGUCGUCAGAGAGGGCGUGUCCUGUCUGAUGCUCAUGAAGACGUGGGGGAUGAUGAGAAGAGACCCGUCUCAGUGAUUGAUUAUGAUGAUGUGGGGGUGGAGACUGAGGAGUGA